CAUGCACAUGCACGCACAUGUCCACUUCGGGGUGGUUCGACUUGGCACCACGGCGACCUAAAUGAUACCAUGUACGGCACACACGCACCCAUCUCACGCGCAACGCAGUUUUAGACUUUUUUCGCGGGUCGAGGCUUUCGGGCCAGACUUUUCAAAAUGUGCCGCCGCGAACGGGUUUGGUUCCAGCCUGGCGGGCUGCAGCUGUUGGGCGAGUCAGCCCAACGGACGGAAUGGGAGAGAGCUCCGAGCGAAUCUCCCCCCCUCCCCCAGCAGACGACUCUGCCGCCCGCUGUCUCGGCGUGUAAUUCAUGUGGUUUUCGUUGGGCUUGGCAAAGGUGGGUUAUGUGUAUUUCGAGGCCAGACGCUCUGGCUUGUGCCAGAUGAUGAAAGCGCUUUGGACUUUUAUGAGCAGUCCUCCACACACUCUCUCUCUCGUUCUUUCUGUCUCUCGGCCGCCAGGCACAAGUCAGUUCACGAUAUCGAUUGUGUUUUCUCGUCGUCUAAACCAGGACGGCUGCUUUUGUCGUGAUGUUAUGUCAUGCUUCGAAAGCAGAGAGAUCGGGUUUACCCGCAGGCACUGACGGGUGAGAUACUGUCGGCACCAAUCUUCUGAAAUAUGAUUUGAGCAGAAAACGGCGCGG